UGAGUGUGCUGAAGGCUGCUCGACUGUCAGAUACAGAAGAUGUUUGACAGACUCACCGGCCACACAACACCUCAUUUAUAACCAUUUCAGUGUUUCUGCCUGUCGCGUUACACAGAGAAUCUGUCCAGCCAUCUGUUCUGGCAAGAGAAGAGAAGAAGAGCAAGAAAAAAAACAGGCAGGAAAGCGGGCGUCUUGUCUUGGUAUUAAUUGGCUUGGAUGGAUGCGGAGCUUAUGUGACUGAAAUGACCCUGUGAAUCGGCACAUUUUUAAGAUGUCAGAAACCGGAGAGUCCGAAAAUCUCCCAGAACACACCAUGGAGGAAACGUCACCUCAGUGCUGUACUACAAACACGGAGGACUGUCAAAAGUCCAGCCAGCCAAAAUCAGAGGAUAACCACGAGCAUCUUACAAAGAAGCUGAAGACUAAAGGGAAAUUAAUUCGAAGCGCGGCUGUAUGUGAUGAGUCUGUUUCCACAGACGAGAACAGCAAGGAAAAAGAGAGCAAGACAAGUAUAUCUAGUAACCAUGGCGACAGUCCUGUGUGCGAUGAGGUGGAAGAGAAGAGCAUCACAUCUAAAAAAGCAAGUUUAUCCAAAGAGCCCAGUCUGGAGUACACCGACUCCACCGGCAUCGAUCUGGAGGAGUUUUUAAUCACUACUUUGAAGAGCAGUCCCAGGGACAGACUGAUGCUCUUAAAACUGGAGCAAGACAUGACUGACUUCAUGACCGAUAACAGCUCCUAUAAGAAGUUUCCUCAGAUGUCCUCAUAUCACCGGAUGCUCGUCCACCGGGUCGCUGCUUAUUUUGGUCUGGAGCACAACGUGGACCACAGUGGGAAAGCAGUUAUCAUCAACAAAACUUGCAACUCCAGGAUACCAGAACAUCGGUUUGCUGAACAUGUUCAAGAGGAGAAAAUGGAAGAAAGAAGAUUAAUUUUAAAGAGAGACACCAGUCAGGAGAAAGAAGAUGGUCAGCUGAGAGUUCCUUCGCUUAAAGAGCAGAUGAGGAGCAGGUCGAUAGAGGAGCGUGAGGAGGAGUAUCAGAGAGUCCGAGAGCGCAUAUUCUCACAGGACGCCACUUGCCUUUCGCAGAGUGUUUAUAUUGAGACCAGAGGUCCAGAUGACGGCAGUAUUCUCACUGAGACUCAGAGAAGACGGCAGCUCUUCAGGGGCGAGCGGGACGGUUCAGGUCGUCUGUCCGGCAGCCGGCAGAGCAGUUUCGAGCUGGACUGUCACUGGAAUAAUGACCCUCGACCCUGGAGCAGCACGGAUUCUGACAGCCCGACAUGGAGCUCCAAAUCUGCACACACUCGCUCAGACAGCAGCUCCAAACUCUGCAAACCAGCAGUGUCAGACUCGGCUCUGUCAUACGCUCCAUCCAACAACAACAACCCGACUUACAUUAUCGUGCCUGCUGAAUCAUCAAUACCUCCUGGGAGCAUCUUGCUGAAUCCGCAUACAGGGCAGCCGUUUCUAAAUCCUGAUGGGACUCCUGCUGUUUACAAUCCACCAGUGAGUCAGAAGUCCAGUAUACAGCUUAACCCAGUGCAGCCACAAGCCCCGCCCCUUCCCCCUCAGCAGCAGCCAAUAGUAAGCCACGGUGUCCCACAGGUUCAAUACUCCUCGGUGUCAUACCUUCCACCUCAGCAAAUGAACACUUCUACCUCUCAGCAGCUCCCUAUGGAACAGACUAGGGAAGACAUAAGCGCUAAGUUUGGUCACAUGACCUUGAGUCACCAAUCAUCAGGAGAUCCUCCAGAAAUGUCCUCAUUCUACAUGCAGGGAGGUCCGCCCACACACACCUAUGCUCCGCCCCUCCACAGCUAUGCUCCAUCUCACCAAUCAGAGAGUUACAUGAGCCCUGGAAUGACUCUGGCUCCUCCCACAGCCCCGCCCCCUCCGAAUCAGCAGAGCAGCCAGGUUUCAGUUUACAGUUACCCGGUUCAGUGCGCCAGUGCAUCUCAACAGUACACAGCAGCUGCUUACAGCACACAGACAGGAUAUCAGCCUGUGGUUUCUAAUCAACAAGGAUGCCUGGGCAUAAUGGGAAGUCAGGUUUUACCACAAACACAGCAAGGGAUUAUGGGAGCUUACUCAUCUGUAUCCUCCUAUCAGGUACCGCAGCAGCAUCAGUCUGCAGUGCUGGUGUCUGGUCAGGGCGGGCAGACGCAGUGUAUGGUUCCCCCUGCUGGAGUUCAGCUUUACUGCAACUCUCCUCCUCCUCCAGCUCUCAAUAUGAUGGGAGUCUCCUUCCAGUCAUCUAGCUGCAAAAAUGGCUGUAACGUUAACCAGAACCAGUGCUGGUACUGAUAUCAAUUCAAAUGCAUAUACAGUAUUUGUAUACACGAUAAUGUUCAGUCUGUAGCAUACGAGUCUGAGAGCAUCCCUCAGAUUCAGCCUUUUCUACUUGGUCAGAAAAUUGAUUUGACUUUUACUUUACAUGGAUAUCAAUUAUGAGAGUAUCAUGUUUAAAUUGCCGUGAGAGCAUAAUUUAUACUAUUUAUAUUCCUUGUGUUUUUGCCUAAUAUACAUAUGUUGUAUUUGAAUAGUUUACGAUACUAUAUAUUUAUCUUGUUUAUGUCACAUGAGUGAAACUAGAGUCAGUGUUCUCCGUUAUCAACAAAGUAGAACUAUGAAGAGCUCUUUUAAAAUAUAUAUAUAUUUUUUUUUGUUUGUUUGGUUGUUUUACAGAGUUUUAUUUGAUCGGAUUGGAUAAUAUCUAUGUGAUAAUAUUUCUUAAAUAUAUUGCCUUUUAAUUGGUAAA